AGCAACUCCAAUUGAGCACAGAGCAAUUGUCUUAAAUCCAGAAUCAUGCAGCGCAAACAAGUCUCCCGCCUGGAAUCUCUUCCAAGCGAGUUAUUUCUCAGCAUCGCCGACUAUGCAGGCUUCGACGGCCGCCUCAGCCUGAGCGCCACAAAUUCAAGCUGCCGCUCUUUGCUCUUGCAGAUUAUUUUCCGGACAUUGAAGGUUACCAGCGACGAGAAAGAGGCGAGCGAGAUCCUGAAGCUCGCGAAGAGAAUCGGUGUGAACGUCCGGGCGAUAUCGUUCCGUGGCACGGCUGGGCCGAAUCCACGCAAGGAUGAGAGCGAAGACGAACAAGAUGGAAACGACCAGGAUCUAGACGCUGUAGACGCAUCUCCAAACACCCCAGAGGCUAAGACUCAAGAACAGAUCUUACCGCAAGCAGCAGCCGCAUUGCUCAGCGGCGAACACCUCCCCAAUGCAACACACCUCAUCGUCAACUUCGCCUUCGACUUUGAAAACGGGCAUGGCAGCGAAGGCAUCUGGGACUCACGCGACGACCUCAGCGACGGCGUAUCCAUGUACGUUUUCACAGUCCCCGAAACCUCGCGUGCCAUGAUCGAGGAAUCCGAAGCGGAGUUCCCCUGGCGCCGCCUCAUGGCCCAGACUUGGAGUGCGGCUAGCCAGAAUGCAAACAUCACGUCGCUCGUCGUGCCCGCGCUUGUCGCCAAAGCCGUGACGCCCUGGUUCGGCCCGCAGUGGGCGCGUUUCCUCGCGCAGAUCGAGAACGCGGAUGUGCGCGUCGCCGGCGCGGAUAACGGUGCGGGUUGGGAGGUCGGCACGCUCGAGGGGUACAUGUACUUCGUUUCCCAACUCGACAGCUAUUUCCUCGUGCCCAUGACGAACGUGAAGACGCUGCGGCUGAGCUGCUACGAGCACGGCCCGCUGGGCUCGCACUGGACGGACGUCAGGGACACCUUCGCUCUGCGGCCAGACUGCUUGCCCAGACUGGAGGAGCUGAGACUGGAGUACGCAGUCAUAUGCUCAGAGCUGGUGGAUUUUCUGGUGGCGAGGGGGGACACGUUGAGGCGUGUCGCGUUGCACGAAUGCUUUGCGGAGCGGCCUCACCGCAUGGGGGAGGGGGAUGUGCGCUUGACGUGGGCGGCGUUCUUCUCUGCCUUGCGCGAGUCUGGUCUUCAAUACCAGACUUUCUCCGUCACUAAUGAUGCCCCGCCGCCGCUGACGUUCAACGAGUGGCAGAGGAGCAAGCAUGGGGAUGACGAUGAGUACUUGGGUGCGGAUGGCAAGCCCAAGGACGACGAGGUGGACGAGGGCGAGACGGAGGCGGUUAGGAGUGUGAGGGCAGAGCUAGCGCGGGAGCCGGGGAAAAGGCUAUUUCUGUAUGCGACGUUGACGGAUAAGUAUGGGGAUCGGUGGCCGGAUCAGGAGGCUAUCAUGGAGCAUUUUCACGCGGGCAGAGAUAUGGUAGGGUUCGAGAAGCUGAUGCGGACUGUUGGGAACGAGGCGAGUCAUGGGUAAAUGAGGGUUAGGAGAUACAAAUCGUAGAAAUGCAC